CCCUGUCGGCCCCGGGCCGCAGCCGCAGCAGCGACGACAGCCGCGGGAGCCGCCGCGCAUUAUGCAAAGCGGCUGCCGCGGCAGACGCCAAAAGAGGCAGCUGGGCUCCUGUUGGCCUCCCGGGUCAGCGGCUCGCACCUGGCUUGUCCCGGGCGCUCCCGCCGCUCGGGUCGGGGGCUGAGGAGGACCAGGAUGGCCUGACUACCGGAGGUGCGGCGCAGCAGGGGGAUUGCAACAUGGGAAACCAGGAUGGGAAGCUGAAGAGGAGCGCAGGUGAUGUUUCGCACGAAGGCGGCGGCGGCGGCGGCGCCGAGGAUGCUGUUGGGCCCAGAGAUGUGGAAGCCACAAAGAAGGGAAGCGGGAGCAAGAAGGCGCUGGGCAAACAUGGCAAGGGCGGAGGGGGCGGCGUUGGGGAGCCGGGCAAGAAGAAGAGCAAGUCGGACUCCAGAGCCUCAGUGUUCUCCAACCUGCGGAUCAGGAAGAACCUGUCCAAGGGGAAAGGCGCUGGCGGCUCUCGAGAGGAUGUGCUGGACUCCCAGACCCUGCAGACCGGGGAGCUGGACAGCGCUCACUCCUUGGUCACCAAGACCCCAGACCUCAGCCUCUCUGCUGACGAAACGGGCCUGUCGGAUACCGAGUGCGCGGACCCUUUUGAGGUGACGCGUCCAAGUGGUCCUGGGCCCUCAGAGACUGUGAUCGGGGUCCGAGCGGUCGUUGAGGACUUAGAAACUGCUGCAGGGACUCAGGAUGGACCAAGGACCAGUUCGGGCUCGGACACGGACAUCUAUAGCUUUCACUCGGCUACGGAGCAAGAAGAUUUGCUCUCUGACAUUCAGCAGGCUAUUCGCCUGCAACAACAGCAGCAGCAGCAGCAGCAGCAGCAACAAGGCUCGGAGGAAACUGCAGCGACCCCCACCGCCGCCCCCCUUCAGCCCGGGGCCUUCCUGGGCCUGGACCGAUUCCUGCUGGGGCCGAUCGGCGGGGCUGGGGGGGCUCCCGGCAGUCCGGACACAGAGCAGGCUCUGUCUGCGCUCUCGGACCUGCCCGAGAGCCUGGCCGCGGAGCCCCCGCUGCCCGAGCAGCCACCGCCCCCCAGCGGAUGCCUGGAUUUAGAGGCCCCCUCCAUCGCGGCGGCCCAGCCCGCGGCCUCAGACUCGCCUUCGUCUACGGCCUUCGCGUUUCCCGAGUUCGGGCCGCGGGAGAGCGAGGCUGAAGCCCCUGUGCUAGGGGCUGGGGACACAGAUGAGGAAGGGGAGGAGGAUGCUUUUGAGGAUGCUCCUAGAGGCUCUCCGGGAGAGGAGUGGGGCCAGGGAGUCCGAGAGGCCCCUCAGAGGUUGGGAGAAGAGCCGGAGGUGGGGGCCGUAGAGCCCCGGGUACCCGCGGCUGCUUCGCUCCCGGGCAGCCCGGCGCCCAGCCCGCGCUGCUUCAAGCCCUACCCGCUUAUCACCCCCUGCUACAUCAAGACCACGACUCGGCAGCUCAGCUCGCCCAAUCACUCCCCGUCUCAGUCCCCUAGCCAGAGCCCCAGGAUCAAGAGGCGGCUGGAGUCCUCCCAAAGCCGGGGACCGAGAACUGCUCUCGCUUCCACAGUCGCUCCAGCCAAAAAGCACAGGGCGGACAGCGGCCUUGCAGGCGGCCUCAGCCGUUCGGCCGACUGGACGGAGGAACUGGGCGCCCGCGAGCCCAGGGUGGGAGGCUCUGCGGACCUGCUGGAGCGCACGGCAGCCUCGGAAGGCGUCAGCGGGGCGUCCCCCACGCUGGCCAGCAAAUCGUCGGGGGCGCAAGCGGCUGCGGAUGGCUUCCAGAACGUGUUCACAGGGCGAACUCUGUUGGAGAAGCUGUUCAGCCAGCAGGAGAACGCACCUCCAGAAGAAGCAGAGAAGUUUUGCUCACGGAUCAUUGCUAUGGGUCUUCUACUUCCUUUUAGUGACUGCUUCAGGGAGCCGUGUAAUCAGAGUGCCCAGUCAAGUUCAGCUCCGUUUGAUCAAGAUCAACUUUAUACCUGGGCUGCAGUUAGUCAACCCACGCACUCCCUGGAUUAUACAGAAGGGCAGUUUCCCCGGAGAACCCCAUCUGUUUGGCCACCAUCUAAACCUCCUGAUGAAGAGCACAGGCCCAAGGAUGCUGAAACAGAAUCUCAAUCUGCUGUUUUGGAAACUCCGAAAAAAUGUUCAGAUGCUGUCCAGCAGGACGUUUUUGACAUGAAAUCUGAGGGACAGGCAACUGUAAUUCAACAGCUGGAACAGACUAUUGAGGAUCUGAGGACCAAAAUAGCUGAACUAGAGAAGCAGUACCCUGCUUUGGACAUGGAGGUGGCCAGUGGCCGGCAUGGGGCUGUGAAUGGACUGACACUCUCACAAGAGGUUUCUUUUGAAGCUCUCAGGUUAGGAGAAAAGGAAGUACGGCAUCAAAGGAUUUUACAGGCGAAAUCAAUACAGACUUCCCCGACAGAAGAGGGCGCGAUACCGCCAGUACCUUUUGUUAAUACACUGCCAGAGCGCCCUCCAGGCCCUCCUGGGGAUGAAAGUGGAGAGACAGCUGUGCCGUCCUCAGCUUCUGGACCUCAGACAAAAUUCUGUUCGGAGAUUUCUUUGAUUGUGUCUCCAAGGCUAAUAUCAGUACAGCUUGACGCCCGUCAGUCUGAACAGAGUGUAUCACAGCCUCCGCCUCUGCCUCCUCAGUCCAUUCCUUGCUCUGAGGUUCACGGACAGUCUGGAUCACAGCCUUCCCAUCUGUCUCUUAGUACUGAGUUUGGAACCAGCCAUGAACUGCCUGUUUUCUCACCCUGCGAUAACAGUUGUAACAUCCCACCCCCACCGCCUCUGCCUUGCACAGAAUCCUCCAGUUCUAUGCCUGACCUGGGCUUGGUGAUUCCCCCACCUCUCCCUCUCCCUGGCAUGACAGUGCCAGCUCCGCCCAGCUCAGCAGUUUCCCCACCUCCUCCUUUGCCGGGUACAGAAAUGCUGCCUUCCCUUCCCCCACCUUUGCCUGGUGAAGGAAUACCUCCUCCCCGACCUCUACCAGGUGUCCAAAUUCCACCUCCUGCCCCUCCUCUCCCGGGGGUGGGAAUACCUCCUCCUCCUCUCCCGGGGGUGGGAAUACCUCCCGCGCCUCCUCUCCCCGGGGUGGCAAUACCUCCCGCGCCUCCUCUCCCGGGGGUGGGAAUACCUUCCCCUCCUCCUCUCCCCGGGGUGGCAAUACCUCCCCCGCCUCCUCUCCCCGGGGUGGCAAUACCUCCCCCGCCUCCUCUCCCGGGGGUGGGAAUACCUCCCCCUCCUCCUCUCCCCGGGGUGGCAAUACCUCCCCCGCCUCCUCUCCCGGGGGUGGGAAUACCUUCCCCUCCUCCUCUCCCCGGGGUGGCAAUACCUCCCCCGCCUCCUCUCCCCGGGGUGGCAAUACCUCCCCCGCCUCCUCUCCCGGGGGUGGGAAUACCUCCCCCUCCUCCUCUCCCCGGGGUGGCAAUACCUCCCCCGCCUCCUCUCCCCGGGGUGGCAAUACCUCCCCCGCCUCCUCUCCCGGGGGUGGGAAUACCUCCCCCGCCUCCUCUCCCGGGGGUGGGAAUACCGGCCCCUCCUCCUCUCCCCGGGGUGGGAAUACCUUCCCCUCCUCCUCUCCCCGGGGUGGGAAUACCUCCCCCGCCUCCUCUCCCCGGGGUGGGAAUACCUCCCGCGCCUCCUCUCCCCGGGGUGGGAAUACUUCCCGCGCCUCCUCUCCCGGGGGUGGGAAUACCUCCCCCGCCUCCUCUCCCCGGGGUGGGAAUACCUCCCCCGCCGCCUCCUCUGCCUGCAGUCGGAAUUCCCCCACCUCCCCCUCCUCUGCCUGGGGCUGGGAUUCUCCCACCUCCUCCUUUGCCAGGUACGUUGAUUCCACCUGCCCCAGCUCCACCUCCCCCUCCUCUUGGGACAGGAGUCCUUCCACCCCUACCACCUCCUCUACCCUCUGGAUCUGGCCCUCGCCUCCCACCAGAAGUUGGGAGUAGCUCUUUUCCAGCAUCACAAGCGUGUGGAUUUCUCCCUCCUCCAUUGCCAGCUGGCUUGUUUGGAUUAGGAAUGAAUCAGGAAAAGGGGAGUAGGAAGCAGCCCAUAGAGCCUUGUCGACCAAUGAAGCCUCUUUACUGGACAAGAAUUCAACUACAUAGUAAAAGAGACUCCAGUCCUUCACUUAUUUGGGAAAAAAUUGAAGAGCCAUCUAUAGAUUGUCAUGAAUUUGAGGAACUAUUUUCUAAAACUGCAGUAAAGGAGAGAAAGAAACCUAUUUCUGACACCAUCACAAAGACCAAGGCUAAACAAGUUGUCAAGUUAUUAAGCAACAAAAGAUCACAAGCCGUUGGAAUAUUAAUGUCUAGUCUUCAUUUAGAUAUGAAAGACAUACAACAUGCUGUUGUGAACUUGGACAAUUCUGUGGUUGACCUGGAGACCCUUCAAGCUCUCUAUGAGAAUAGAGCACAGUCAGAGGAACUGGAAAAAAUUGAAAAGCAUGGCCGGUCAUCCAAAGACAAGGAAAAUGCCAAGUCUUUGGACAAACCUGAACAGUUCCUUUAUGAACUGUCACUAAUCCCCAACUUUUCAGAGCGAGUGUUUUGCAUCCUGUUCCAGUCAACAUUUUCAGAAAGCAUUUGCUCAAUUCGUCGCAAACUGGAAUUAUUGCAGAAAUUGUGUGAGACAUUAAAAAAUGGCCCAGGGGUUAUGCAGGUUCUGGGUCUGGUUCUUGCCUUUGGCAACUACAUGAAUGGUGGAAAUAAGACCCGGGGACAGGCAGAUGGCUUUGGAUUAGACAUCCUUCCAAAGCUGAAAGAUGUCAAAAGCAGUGACAAUAGCAGAAGCCUUUUGUCAUAUAUUGUUUCAUAUUAUCUUCGAAAUUUUGAUGAGGAUGCUGGAAAAGAACAGUGUGUCUUCCCACUACCAGAACCCCAGGACCUUUUUCAAGCCUCACAGAUGAAAUUUGAAGAUUUUCAAAAAGAUCUCAGAAAACUAAAGAAAGACUUGAAAGCCUGUGAGGUUGAAGCGGGGAAAGUGUACCAGGUAUCCUCAAAAGAGCACAUCCAACCUUUCAAAGAAAAUAUGGAACAGUUUAUUAUUCAAGCUAAAAUUGACCAAGAGGCAGAAGAAAAUUCACUGACAGAGACACAUAAAUGCUUUUUGGAGACUACAGCCUAUUUCUUCAUGAAACCAAAAAUUGGAGAGAAGGAGGUGUCCCCAAAUGUUUUCUUCAGUAUCUGGCAUGAAUUCAGCUCUGACUUUAAAGACUUUUGGAAGAAAGAGAACAAACUUAUUCUACAAGAGAGAGUUAAAGAAGCUGAAGAGGUGUGUAGGCAGAAAAAGGGAAAAUCACUUUAUAAAAUAAAACCAAGACAUGAUUCUGGAAUUAAAGCAAAGAUAAGCAUGAAAACCUGAACAAUGAAAAGCAGAAUGAAAAAGUCUUUGCAACUUCCUCCAAAAAUUCAGCUAACUUGAGGGCGGGAAGGAAAGUACAUCAUUCUGAUCAUUUUCUUCUUGAUCUCUUGUAUAAUCUUUGUGUUUUGUAGAAAAUUCACUGAUUGUUGAAUUUUAUUAUACACUCAUUUAAAAAAUACAAAAGCCGUAGACCAGUGGAGAAUUUGACACUUUUCCUUUUUGUAAAAGUUUAUGGUAUUAUACCGAUAGACCAAAACAGCAUGUAUAAGAGGCAGUAUCUGCAUUACUUCUGAACAUGCUAAACAUAAAACUGAAAAUUACUUUUGUGAAAAUAGUCCUGUCACAGAAAACACUUUCCUUUCUACUGACAACCAGUACUCCACAUCACUGCAUUUAGAUUUAUGAGUAAAAUGUUAUUUCUGGUGAAUUGUAUCAGUUUCAUGUCUACCUAUAAAGUCUCCAUUUUAAAGUUUAAGUACCAUUUAUAUAACAUAAUCAAUGCUUUCACAACUCUUGGGUUGUUCUCCCUAACUAAAUAAUUGUGAAAGAUUAUCAUAGUUUCUUUUACUGAAGUCAGAUAACGAAUAGAAAAAAUAUAGCAGAAGUGAAACCCUUUCCUAAUAAAUUAUUUAAUAUAGGCAGGAAUCAGUUUUAAGUUCAAUGAGGGUUCUUAUCAGAAUAUGUCCCUUUUGACCCUUAUAAAAAGCUAAUUGCAUAAGAGGUAAAGUAGUUAUAAGUGUGCCUAUCUAAACUUUUCCUAUUGUUCUUCACAAAGAAAAAUGGCCCAGUAUUUUAAAGGAAUUUAAAUAAAUAUUGCUCAUAAAAUUGCCCAACUUGACCUAUUGUUGAUAAAAUAAUAUGUAAGUUUGUGGGCAACUUGACAUCAGCUGAGAACUCGUUAGUUAAAUAUAGCUGCCUGAGUAUUUUGACAUGAUUUAGGCUGAACAAGGGAGCAAAGGAAAUACCCUUGCUUUUUACAUGUUAUGGCAGGUGAUUAAAAGCUGUAAAACGAGAAUGCAAUGAUUCAUUAUGAAGAGUCUAGAAAAGGACUUCAUUUUAUUUUGCUUUGAGAAAAAAAGUAAAUCUCCCAUUCCUUCUAAGAGUACUUUAAUGUCAGCUCAUGAGGCACUCUGGUGGUUUUGUCUAACAGUAAGUUUUUAAAAUUACUUUUAAUUAUGUUUGUUGGGAGUUAUGGUUAUGCAUAAAGGAGAGAAUUUAUUGCUAUUGUUUCAAAAAAACACAAUGUUUUGGAUCAUAACCAUGUUUGUAUUUAUGUAAAGAAUAUGGUCUCUUUUUAGUUUGUGGUUUAAGUGCAAAGAAACAGUAGUGGUUAUUUUGUUGUUGUUUUGUAGUCUUCCCAUCCCCUCAGUCCCUCCAAUAUGUAUAUUACCAUUCUUCAAUGAAAUAAUAGGGCAUUUAACAAAGAUCGCUAUGUGCAAUACUGUAUUUAGUGUUUCUAUUUCAAUUUUUCUAGAAUGUUAAUUUAUAUGAAAAUAAAAUGAAUAAUAAAAGAGUUGUGUGCCUGUUGGUGCAUAUUGCCUAGGGAUACUUGCAAAAUACAACCAUCAAAUUUAAUACCAGGGUAAAAAAGAGAAAAAUAAAUCCGACUAUCUGUACUCUAAGAUUUUUUAAAGUUCCUUAUAACAGGUUUAACAGUUGUUAGUGUUUAGAUAUUUAAUGAAUGCUUAUUUUUAGGAAAUGAAAGAAUCAUUCUGCCACCUCAAAAUAUAUUUUGAGAAAAGUUGAAAUUUUUCUUAUGCAAUUGUAAGGAUGAGUAUUAUACAUCUGUGAGCUCCAAUAUUCUAACAUAGGAGAAAUCUUGUUUUCUAAAAUUCAGAAAUUGAUGGGAAAAUUCAUUUGAUACAGACUAACUACAGACUAAGUGGUGAAAGCUCUUAGAAGAUGAUUAGGCGAAGAUAAAAGGUAUGAUAUGAGGAGAUGGAUACAAGAAAGGAAAUGUAAGAAGUUAAAACUAUGCAUGGUGCUAAUGCAGAAGUAUGAAAAAAGGUUUCUUUGUCUUCAUAAAUAAGUUUCGGAUUUAGGUC